AAGGGGGGGGGAUAAAUUAUGUCUCCAAGCAACAACAUUUGGAGCACCAAGUCUCUUUAACACUAAAUUGUUUGCUAUCAAGUACACACACCUGUAAUAUUUGGUUUCGAUCCUAGAACAGUGUGUAUACCGACCAAACGCCCGCCUCUCUACCACCUGCCAAUCGGAGUCGCCCACCACCCUCACGUCUCCCCUUGAGCUCGACCCUGCCACCACGAAGAGCGCUGCUACUCCCGCCCCCUUUUCAUAGCUCUCUUUUCUGGCCUAGGGUCCCCCGCUGACGCUGAACGACUGGAUCUUUCGACUCACUCUUCACUUCACUCACACUCGGCAGGAGGGGGCGGGAGGGUUGCCCAGCAGGCGGCACAGAAACCAGCUCGCGUUCUACUGGUGGAAGAAGACGGAAAACUCCGCGGACGAGUUGCGUUCUCCUUGCCAGACCCAGUUGUCGUUCCUGUUCUAUCCAACCGUUCUAGCCUCAUCCAAAAUAGUGUGUCUGAGUGGGUCUGUGGAACAAACCAUUCAAACCCAGAGCCGUGUUUCCGUGUUCAACUCUAUUGUUCCUUUCAUACCUGCCCCUUCCACUUGUUUUGUUCUCUCCCUUUCUGUCACCUAAAAGGACACUACACUAUGAGUUGAGUUCUAGUCUGGGACCAGCGGACACACCACGGAAAGCAUGCAGAGACAGUGGCGUAUCUCCUUAGCGUGGACUUUGGCGCAGCCCGGUCGUGAUAUCGAGUCAUCAGAGUUUCAGCGUGUCCACGCUUCAGAUUGGCAGGAGUACCGGUACUAAGGGGGGAUGUGUCUAGCACUUUGACAACGUCAAGCCACAACGUCUUUCUGACAGUCAAUUCUGAGGGUUAUUUCGUGUCCUGCACAGACUUCACUGGAAAUGGAAGUUGACUUCAGAUCAUGCCUAGCAGCCAUCCCCAGGGCCGCAGGGAGUUGGCCUCUGUGACAGAAUUCAAAGGUCUGAGUCGAGGAAGAACCAGAUACUGCAAGAAGUGCAAAUUUAGCUGCACAGACGCCAGGGAGUUUACACUCCAUUUGUCCAGCCACUCAGACAGCCAGAACAAAUUAGACAGUCAUACAGACACUCAUCUAAAGACUCUGAGGUCAAAGCGCAACUCCAGAUCAGCCUUCAUUGACAUUCAGAGCUCCAAAGCUGCUGACAUGGAAGUUACCUCUGAACAUCUGUCCCCAGGGGCACCCAUUGGUCAAGAAAAAGACAAAGCUGAGGCAUCUUUAGAUAAGAUGGAAACUGAGAACAAACAGAAUGAUGAUGACCAUGGUGAUGAGCCUGAUGCCAUGUCAUAUGACAUCAAAGCCAAAUGUCAACCAUUUCAUAGUGGUAAGCUAGACUCCUCUGCUCCAGAUGACAUCAGUGGUGUGGAUGAUGUGGAAGAUGAAGGCAGACUGGUCAUUGAUGAUCAUGUUCAAUCUGGUACCAAAUCUAACCAUGCUUUCUCAAGUAGUCAGUUUAGACUAGCUGAAACAGAUGCCAGAAAGUACAUACAUCCUCAAGAAGUUAAAAAAGACUACAAGUGUGAUCAGUGUGACUAUGGAACAUCCAGCAGAAGUAAACUGGCCAGGCACAAAGAACUCCAUGAGGCCAGCAAGAGCAGACAACUAGAGAUGGUUUCACCUUACCAGCAACUUUCUUUGAAAAGAGAGACUGACGAGGAAAACUUUUUGAAUGUGUCAACAGAUGCUCUGGAAACAUCUAGCUUUAUAAAUGACAUGGAAAAUGGUGAAGAUGACAUGGCAGACACACCAAAUGGUUCUGGACUGCCACUGACAAUAACACCAGAGAACAUUGACCAAGUGCUAGAUGACGAUAAAAAAAAGAAAAAGAAGACUAGGCAAGAAGUUGAUCCAGGCAAAUAUUUUGAGGCCGUGGAUAGUAGUGGAACCAAGUAUGCUUGCUCACAAUGUGGCAACAUUUACAAAUGGAGGAAAAGCUUAAACAAGCACUGGAAAGAGAAGCAUAGCUUGGAUCCAUUGGUAGAGGUUGCCAGUCCACCUGGAAUGCUGGAGUUGUUAAAAUCUGGGAAAUACACUCAAUUAGGAGCAAGGAGGAUAUACGAUAACAUUUUCCUGUCCACCAUAAAAACUCAAAAAGAUGAUGACCAUGUGCAGGCCACUGCCUCACCAAGCAGUAUUCCCCCUUCACCAAGUCCUCCCAAUUUUCUGUCUAAUUCUCAAUCUCUAGUCAACAACAGAAUGUCCUCCAACCUCUCUUCCCUGAUGCCUAAAAUGAUUGGCCCAUUUGUUGCACCCACAUCCCAGCCAGUUUUCCCUGGCAUGAGCCAUAGCCUCUCUAAUGUCCAUAAUGGUUAUGAAUCUACAGAUGAAUUUGCUCUGGAUCUCUCCCGGGACAUGAAGGUUGACUCACUUCAAAACUCACCUUACUCCAUAAGUCCUUUUGACCAAGACCAACCCCUGGAUUUCUCAAAGAAGAAAGAGACCACCAGCUCUGCUAAGCAUGAUAAGCUGUGGGAUGAAUUCAGGGAUUUAAAGCCGUCCCAGGGUAUUAAUCAGCUCAUAGCUAAAGUUCAUCGAUGCACCAAGUGUGAAUACACAAGCACUUCAGAGGCUGACUUUGCUAAUCAUACAAGCUCACAUCUAAACAAAAGAAUAGUCAAGUGCAACCAGUGUAAGAUACAGAUCAGCUCCAUGGAUGAGCUUAACAAUCACUUUCUAAAGCUACAUUUCAAAAAGCUGACAGAACACAAGGAGGCCAUUAAGAAAAUUCCUCAUGGCCUGCAGCAGACUUAUCAUCUCCUGAAGAUGGAUUUGCAGGAUAUAGGAGAGCUCAAUAAUCAAGACCUCGGAGCAUCAGACUCCAAAAGCCUUAAGUGCAAGAAAUGUGAAUUUGAGGCCAAAUGGCCUGCAGAGCUGCAAAAACAUGCAGUCUCUCAUUCUGAGGAAAGACCUUAUGUGUGCAUGGUUUGUGGAUCAACUUACAAGUGGAAGUGGGACCUUGUUAAACACUUUCAAAAGAGUCACCCGAAUCUCCCUAAUCCAUAUAGAAGGAAUGACAAAAGAGACUCUCCUGAUGGAAGUUCUGAGGAAGAAAAUGAAGAUGAACCUGAGAUAAAGAAAACAAAACUUAAUCCUGAUUUGCUCAAUAAAAAUCAGCUAAACCGUGAUGAUGUUAUCUCAGUAGAAGGUAUCAUGGCAGCCACACAGGCUGGCCAAAGAGUGGUUUCGAGUCACCUAAAUAUAUUGGAUGAUGAACCAAAUAAUCUAGACAAAAAGAUUAGCUUUUUCGGUCACUUUAAAUUCAAUUCUGGCCAAGGUACACAGUUGCCACAGACUGCCCAGGAUUUGAUAGACUCUCAACACAAGGCUCAGAGAGCAAUGCAGGAGGCAUCCAGAAAUCGCCAAGGCUUAUCUAGCAACAAGAAAAUAAUGCCUAGAGAUCAAGCUAGUCCAACACCAAGUGGCUCUAAAACAGAAGAAUUGCCAUAUAAAUGCACUAUGUGCAACUAUCAUGCUCGCUGGCCCUCAGAAGUUACCCAACACAUGAAGAACCACUCCGACUCCAAGCCUUAUCUCUGUCCUAGGUGUGAAUAUAGAAGUAAAUGGAAAUGGGAUGUGGUGAAACACUUGAAAAGAUGUGGGGGAGGGGGGAUAAAUGAUGUCAUAGACACCACCAAAAAUAGAAAGAGGGAAGCAAUGCAGAACAGUCAGGGGCCACCCAAUGCUAUUGUUUGUCAGCAAGGAAAAAUUAGAAAAGUCACAUCACAGUCUGGUUUAAGCUAUAUGUUAGAUGACAAUGGCCAGCAACAACCUACACCUAGUCUAACUUCUGGUCAGUCAUCAGGAGAUGACCUUAGCAGGUCAAGUUCUAAUGCAUCAACACUAGACCUAAGCAACAAUAAUGACUCUACCCAUGUAGAUAGCAACACUACCAACAACAAUUAUGCUGCUUAUACCAAUGGUCAACCUUUUGCUGGACUGAGCAUGCUGACCACUGUGUCCAAUGUAGGAAAUGGUAAUGUCUCAUCUAGUCCAUCCCAGUCCCCACCUGCAACUAAGGUGGUAAGCUCCAGAAACAACGAUAACAUCUGGAACUGCCCUCACUGCCCGUUUACAACCGCCAGUCAAGCAGAACUGAAGCGUCAUUCUGGUCUUCAUUCAGAUGACAAGCCAUUUAAAUGUGAUGUGUGUCAAUAUUCUACACGCUGGGCCUGUGAUCUUAAAAAGCACAGGAAAAGCUAUGACCACUAUCCCCCAAUCAACAGAGAAGAAAAGUCUGUGGAAAAAACUCUUGGGAGAUUUAGGUGCUCCCACUGCUCUCUUUAUUUCCAGUCCCUUCAGAACUUACUGGAACACAGAAUGGCUGAGCACAUUGGGAGAGAGGGAGUUCAAGCUUCACCCGUACCUCAAGAGCCAGCAGAGAUUGAUGCUGCCAGAAUCAAACACCCUAGAAAGCCAAUCAAGCAACUCCAGUGUAAUAAGUGUGCCUUUGUAUGUAAAAAUCGGCAAACUAUGGAGAAACAUAAGGAAGAGCAUGAACAGCUAGAUAGUAGUGGUUAUCAGUGCUUUUACUGCAGCUCCCAAUUUAAAGAAAAAGAAUCAUUGCUGGAUCACAUGAGCACCCACUCUGCAUUUAACCCUAAAGAAUGGGAGACAUUCUUUAUGAUCAAUGAAGAUGAAGACCAUCAACACAUCAAAGAGGAAGCUAAAACCAAUGAUCCACAGGACAAAGAAACUUCGAACCAACCUGUUGACAUGGAGCAUGUGGCUCAGGAAUCUAAACCUGAAAACUCACUGAGCAGCACGGAAGCUAGAAUUCAGCAGAUACUGAAUGAAAUACCCAAGCAGGCAGCCAAGCAGUUGCAGUUUAGCCAACAAACCAAUAAAUAUCAAUGUGAGUGGUGCCCUGCAGAAUUUAUCAAUCUUACUGCAGUCUAUAAGCAUGCAAGUCAGGCUCACCCCAUACAGCUCAAAGAACAAGAUGUCAGUCUCAGCUUAGCUGCACAAAAAGCUUCUGCAGCUUCCAAAAAAAUAUAUACAGGUGAAUCCCUUGAAAUACUUAAGCGACAAAUUGCAGAGAAGAGGAAUCAACAACUAGUUGAAAAACUGAAUGAGAUAAUUACCAACAAGCCUGAAGUGCAAGAAGUUCUGUCUAAGAAAAUGGAAGAAGGAUCAAAACGAUAUAACUGUGACAAAUGCAAUUUCUCGUCAGCAAACAUUUUAACAUUUCAACGCCACCAUGACUUACAUGGCAGCAAAUCUGCUUCACAGUGCUGGUUCUGUGAUUACAGUGUUGAUCGCAUGAAUCUUCUGUAUCAGCAUAUGAAGAUUUCUCAUACCCGCAAAUGGAAAGCUUUGAGUCAGGACCCCAAGUAUGCUGAACAGAUUCAGAAAAUGAACCAUACAUUCACCAAUCUUCCUAUACAAGGUAACAAUAAUGAUAGUCCCCCUGAAGCAUCAAGUGCAGAUGUCUGUGCCAUGGACUUAAGCUCCAAAAACAAUAAUGAAGUAACACAUGAUGUUGUGUACAUCACUAGACAGCAGUAUACUUGGAGUGGCAUUCCAGUGAAUGUCAUUCCUGUGGACAAUGCACUGAACUUUGUCUGCCCUCAUUGUGCCUUCAAUGAUGCAUCCAUUGCCAAGACAUGUGCUCAUGUCAUGCAGAGUCAUAGAGCCAUGGCCAAGUUUACCUGCAAAAAAUGCCAGUUCUCUGACGACAACAUCCAUGUCAUGUCUGACCACUGUAAAAUAUCUCACCCUGUCAAUGAAAGAAUUGUGGAGGUGCUCAGUUUCAAGCAGCUCAACUUCAGUGAGCUUCAGAUGGUCCAGAUGGCUGCCAUAAAAGAGAAACAAGAGAUGAUAGCCACUGCCCAAGAAGAAAUGUCCAAAACAAUGGCAUGUCCGUUCUGUCCUUUUAAGACUUUAGUGACAGAGCAAAUGAAGUGUCAUCUUACAAGUCACAGUCAACAAGCUCGCUAUCGAUGUCAAUUGUGUGACUUUAGUUCUGAUUCAACAACAAUAAUUAGUGAUCAUGUUAGAGUUCAUGACAAAAAUUACAAUUUUGACUCUAAAAUUAAUUCAUUACCUGGCAAGGAUGAAAUAUCCAACUCUAAGAUUUUGGAAACUAAAAGUGAACCAAUGGACACUGAUUUAUCUGAGACACCAUUAUCUAACAAAGACAAAGUAAGCUCACCUAAGUCUAAAACUAAUGGGAGAAUCCGUUAUCGAUGCUUAGCCUGUCCAUUUUACACCUCAUGCAAGAGCAAUAUUUUGAAACACAAGAGGCAGCAUCUUCACAACAAGAGAUACAAAUGCAGUAUAUGUUCCUAUAGCUCUGCCAGAGCAGUACUGUUAAGGAAGCAUUUGGCUUCUCAUGAUACAACUAUUGAAGAUGAUGGCUUACACCAUGACAUUUUCUAUGAUCCCAAUUCAGAAGAAGAUUUGAAGCCAGAUGAAGUGGAUGAGCAAGAUGAAGAUCUAGAUGAAGAUGAGUUUGAGGAUGAUGAAACUAACUCUGAAGACUUGGAUGAAAUGGAUGCCAAAGCUAUUGCAGAUCUGGAAGCUAAAGAUAUUUUGGAGGCUGAAGCUGCUCAUAAAAAUAAUAGCCAGAUAGAAGACGACCUGUGUGGUGACUCAUCAGACAAACAGUUUAGAAGGCAGAAAUGUACAGUUUGUCCCUUCAGCAGUAACUCUAGCUAUGAGUUUCGCAAGCAUCUGAAUUUCCAUGGCACACAAGAGAGAUACAAGUGUGAUUACUGUAGCUAUAGUCUUGACAGACUCAACUUAUUGAGUCAACAUAGAAAGCUACAUUCCCUGGAGCCGAACUUCAACCCUAACCCUCCAGCAGCAGAUCUCCUUAACACAGAUUUUAUCUAUAAGCAAAAUCAGCUGGAAGAACUUGGAGAAGCAGUAGAAGAAGACAAGAAUGAUGUCCUGCUAAAACAGUAUGCAUGUCCGUAUUGUGCAUACAAGACCUGUAAAAAGAAAUCAUUUGAUAUCCACUGCAACAGUCAUGGGCUCAGACGUCGCUACAUCUGUGAUUUCUGUGAUUGGAGUGCUGAUCGUUUGGCACUUUUGUGCCAACAUAGGAAAGUUCAUGAGGGUGAACCUAACUUUGAUGCGGGGCCUGAAGAUAAAGUUUUUUUGAAUCAAGAGUUUGAUGAUGGAGCUGCAGGGGAGUUUGAGGCAAAGUUAAUGGAAAUAAAAAAUCAGGACAAAACUAAAAAAGAUGGAGAAACAGAUGCUCUCAUAUCGCCUCCAUUUAAACUAACUGUAGUAAAGAAAAUCUACCCUUGCAAACUAUGUCCAUACAAAAGCAACUCUGGAAAUAGUUUUGCAGUUCAUACUUCAAUGCAUGAUUCUGGUGCUGAAUAUGGGUGCACUAAAUGCUCCUAUGCUGCCCAUAACAAAGGGCUUCUUCGGCAACACAUGCAUUUGCAUUCAUUAGAUUGUGCUGAUAUCAAAGAUAUUGCUGGACCUGAGGCACCUUCAGAAAGCCCACAUUUAGUGGAAUCAAUGGUUGGUGAGAAAGAGCAGAAUGGAUCAGAGAGUUUUCUAGGCAUUGAGUUGACAUGCCAGCGCUGUCCCUUCACUGCAUUGUCUCCAAGUGUACUCAAAGAGCAUGCCAAGUGUCAUAUGGCACACGACAGCAUAACCUGCCCUUAUUGUGAUUUCAGUACUAUGUCAAAACAGCUAUUGUAUCCACAUAUCCAGGUCCACUUCCCUGGAACCAAGCUGAGUCAAGAAGCUCUAGAGCUGGCUCUAGAGAGUCGAGGAAAGAUUGCUCUUGGUGUAAAUUGUAUAGUUAACAAUAACAACAACAGUGAACCUGCUCUACCUAAGUGUGACAAACCAACAGAAGAUGCUGUGAAGACCCAGCGAGUCUACGUCUGCCAGUACUGUGAAAGAGAGUUUGAGGCCAAACAGCUAAUGAUUCAGCAUGAGAAACAGCAUGUUGGAAGUCACUAAGCAAGUCAACAACUCUCCAUGUUCAUUGCCCAUGGAGGUACAAGUCACGACUGUAAUGUUAUUCCAAAACCUCUUUUAAUCUUCCAGACAAUUUAUUUUUCCAAGUGUAUUUAUCGUCAUUGUAAAUAAAUUGGUUUCUCCUCUCCAUGAGCAGGAUUUUAUUGAACUCUUGAGAUGCUUUCUGUACUGAAUCAUUCCAUCCAGUAUUUUCAACUCCAUCAUUCCAAACUUGAAUCAUUCAUUGCAGUUACUUUUUAAUUCUGCUGUAUUUUAAAAAAUGAAUUUGUGUAUAUAUAUAUAUAUAAAGUGUAUUAAUGUGACACACAUUAAUAUGUAUUACUCAGAUAUGUUUUAGUAACAUUUUUUUUUAAAUAUAUUUUUUCUUAUUGUGGUACAAGAUGUUUUAUGCUGAACAGCUUAACCUUGUUUCUUUUUCUCAAUGUGCCUUUGCUGGAUCAGUAUAUUUGUAUUCAUAUUAUCUGUGCCUCUUGUUUUUCUGCCUUCUUGUUUUUAAAACCUUAAAAAUGUGUUUACAUACAGAUCUAUGUAGGACAAUAUUCCAGUCAUUUUGGACUAAUUUCCAAAGCUUAGAAUCAACCUGUUUCUGAAGUUCAUGCAUUCCAUCCUUUUGUUCAUGUUUAGAAAGAGAAAGGAAUGCUUAAGAUUUCACUACUGUCAAUCUUUCCAAAAUUUUUUUGCAAAUGUUUUCUUUUCACAUUUCAAACUUUUAAUUUAAAAAAGACUACCAAAUUUAUAACUAUCAUGCUUUGAUGUUAAGGCUAUUGAUGAACUCUCUUAUUCCAAUGAUAACACAAUUUGAAACGUUAUUAGUGAGAGAGAAAGGAAUAGUGUGAGGUUGUUAGCAAAGAAAAUGCUUGUUAAUGUACCAGUACCAAGAAUAUGCCUUACUUAAUAUUUCUGUUAUUGUUUAAAAAACACAAGACAUUUUGUUGACUUACAAUGCAUUUCUUUGCUUCUUUAAGCACUCAUUGCAAUAGUUGACUUAAUGACCAAAUCUACUAGACUCUGAUGUUAAAAAAAACAUUUUGUUAUGCUUUAUCUAGUCAGUAGUGCAAUAGCUGAGCAUCUUAAUUAUUAAUUAUUGCUUGCUAAUGGAUCUCUUUUCAUUGUCAGCAAUCAGUUGUUUUUUUAAAUUACCUUGAGACUUGAAUAUCAGAUUUAAUAGCACUAUUCUGCUUCCAAAAUAUCAAUAAAUGUUGGUCAUACAAUUCUUUAAACAGUACUCAUAUUAAUUGCUCCAGUCCUUAUAUUUUUUUAUCAUCAGUAUUUUAACAUUUAUAAUUUAAAAAACUAAAAUAAGAUGUCACUACACACAUUUUCCAACACAUAAAUAGUAAAUUUAUGAAUGUGCAAAGUUAUUUGUUUUCAAAACUGGUUAAUUAUAUUAAUUUUUUUUUAACAAGUCAUAGGAAAUAAUUUUUCUGAGAACAAUUUUAUCUCAACUUAUCUCAGUUAUGUCAACAAUUGGUAGAAGAGGAGGUUUAACUAUUUCCAGUUUAACUAUUUCCAGUUUAACUAUUUCCAGCUUAACUAUUUUCAGUUUAACUAUUUCCACUGAUUUUUUUAUUUUUUUUAUUAUUAUAUCAGGGUCUCUAACAUGACAUUUUUUAAAAUGUAAAUAAGCCGCAAGACAUUCAAUAUUAUCAUAAAAAACAACUCAUUUGUGUAUUUGAUUACCAAGCAAUGUCACUAAUUGUCCUAAUGAAAUGGGGUUGAAAUAAAAACUGAUCACUUUUAUUGGUCUAUUAUUAUGUUUGCUUUUUUCAAAUAAUUGUUAAUAAUGUGCUUAUUUUUGUGUGUGUGUAGCUAUUGUACAUGCAAAUUGUAAGUGUACCAGCUACAUUGAUCUAAAUCAAGUCUUCCAACAAUGUAACAUAGCUCUAUACACGCAUUUUGUUCCAUGCUAUACAUAAUGACCUUUUCUUGCCAUGUUUGGGCUAUCAAAGGGUUGAAUAUUUUUGUUCCAUUGCUGCCUUACUGUUGUGAUUUGUUUUAUUUUUUAAACUGCUAAACUAAUCAAUAAUAGUAUGAGAUGUUAUCAUACUGAUAAUUUUUGAAAAACUACAGCAUUCCUAGGCUCAUUUAUACUUUGACUUCUACAGAAUUUUUUUUUUAACUACUCAAAUAUAUAGCUGAACAUUCCAAUUUUCAAGUGCCUACUUUCCUAUACCGGUAUGUUAUGUUAAACGAAUUCUGCUUUGUUGAAUGAAGUAGACUUUUUUUUUAAAGUAUUGGUAUGCGUCCAUAUCUUCCAUUUAGAUCAAGGGAAAUUGGGUGUCUUUCUACUUGUACACUGCCAUCUAUGCCUUAAGAGUGGUCCUAGUUGAGAAUAGAUUGACUAGGGACUUAGGAAAAUAUUAUUUUUGGGAGACUUUUUUUGAUGAAACUUCUGUCCUAUUCUAUUUCAAUAGAAUACAUUAAUUUGAUGAGAUAGUCGCAACAUCAGUGAUGGUAGAGAAAAUUAUAAUAAUGUAAAUAUGUUCAAUUUUUUUUUUUUUUUUUUUUUGUAAUAAAAUCAUAUUCUAUUUUAAAAUUUAUAUUUACUGGAACAUUAAUUGUAUGCAAUACUUUAUUUUGGUUACUUGCAAUAGAAAAUGAUUGGUUCAUAUCUUUUGCCAUUUGCAUUUCUUUUGUCUAUACAAAUGUCUAAGUCAUAUUUUUUGUGGUGCUGGAAUCUUUCUAUGACAUUAAUUUAUUAGCUCUCUUGUUAUUCUUAAAUUGUAAUUUAAGCUUCAACAAUAAAAUGGCUUUCUCACAUUUCUAUAUUAACUGAUUUCAUGAUAUACCUUUGACUUUGAGAAUUAUACAUAUUUAUUCAAUUUGGGAAUAUGCUAUCUAUUUAUGUCUUGAGGGCUUACAAGUGUUUCAUUAUACCAUUUUUUUUUUUUUUUUCUCAUAUCAAUAGUAUAGUGAUUAUUCUUUGAUAAUGUUUAUGUCAUUGAAUGGAAUGAUGCAUAGGGUCAGUUUCUUCUUCUCCAUUGUAAAGAAGUGGUUUCUAUGUAGACUAGUUUAUUUAUUUCUUUAAAACAUGAUUUAACUACUAUUUAAUUGAUGUAUUUCAUUACACACACACACAAACUCACUAUGUAUUUUGGGGAUGGUUACAAAUGUUUCUUGUCAUGUGUGUUACAUAUCAGAUAAUAUUUAGAUUUCAUCUUUUUUAGUUUCCUUUCUAUUUUUUUUAAUAUAGUUUUAUAAUAAAUGAAUGUUGUAUUAAUUGUCUUUUGUUGAAAUGUGUAUAUAUUAAUUUAAAGACAUUUUAAUAGGAAUUCACACACAACAACAAAAAAAUUUUUUGUGCUAAUUUGAAAAGAAAAUUAAAAACAAAUUAAUUGCUGCAUAAAUAUAAAUGUCUAGGCUGGCCAGCUUUAACAAUUUUCAUUUGCUCAUUUGAUUAUUUAUCUGCUAUCUCUAUUGAUAGUGAAAAACUCAAUGUGUGAACUUUAGUUGUAAGAGUUUAAGAGGAACAGUAUUUCAAGACUUUACACUAUCUAGCUUCCAUACAUCAAACAGAUUUGCAAAUAUUUUAAAAACAAAAGUUCAAAUGCGAUUGCAUGAUUGCAAUUCCUGGACUCUUUAUUCUGACAGUGUGUAAUCCUUUUUAGAUCUACAUUUUGGUCUCGACAUGUGCACCUUGUGCUAGGCUUAUACUUACAGGUUAGAGAGUUGUAUGUCUUAAGUAGGACUAGAAGCCUUAGAUUUAUUUUCUGUUAUAUUGAGCCACAUAUCACUUGAUCCAUUUCUUCUCUACAAGUUCUUUAUAGAUAAAUCUUAAAUUUAAUUUGGAUUAAUUUGUUUACCUUUUAGUGGCAAUAACAAUAGUGACUUAUUCUGAUGCUUUUAUUUCAAAAUAAAACAUUUUUUUUUAUAUAAAAGAAUAACACACAAUCAAAAUAUUUCUUUUUAAACUCCCUCCUUCAUUUGUUUGGACCUUGAGGUAAUUUUGGCUUCACUAUCAAUUUAUAAUUUAAUAAUGAUUACAAGAUUAAGUCGAUGAAUUUCAGCCAUGGCUAAAGGGACGAUACUCCAUCUCCAAAACUAAACUAUUGUUGAAAUGAAAAUUCUAAGCUUGAACAAACUGAAUAAAAAGGAAGGUGCAUUUUGUUUUCACUUUUGUCAUUAGAUAUCUUUAUAGUAAAUAAAAGUUUAAGUAUCAUAAUGAAA